AUGGAUGUUCUUUAUUCGUUAUUUGAUGUUGAUAAACAACGACUUGAUAUUCUUUUACAAGAAAAUAUUUUUACUAAUACUCUCAAUUUUGUAUUAACAACAUUAACUGAUGAUAUUUUAUCACUUGCUAAUCCAAUAAUUAAUCAAUUUUGUAUGAAUAUAUUACCAAAAAUUCAUUAUAAUGUUAAAUCUCUUACUGUUGAUUCAAUAUAUAUGGAACGUAUUCUUCUUACUGGUAAUUAUCCUAAUUUAACUGAACUUAAAUUAUUUAAUUUUAAUGAUAAAUUUGUUUCACAUUAUUUUACAGUUGAAUCAUCAUUUCGGCAUGUAUUUCAACGACAAAUAACAGAUCUUAUUCUUGUAUUCAAAGAUGAUUUUAAUGACAUUACAAUUAAACAGCAUACAACAGAUAUUUAUGGAUAUAUUUUAAAAUUCUUUGAAAAUUUAAAACAUUUAUCUAUUAUUCGAUCAUUUCCUUACUAUUAUUUACCAUUGAAAUAUCGUAAUCGACCAUUAACUACUUUUUUUUCUUCAACACUUUCCAAAUUAUCUAUUCAUGUUCUGUAUUAUGAUGAUUUUCUUGCUUUAGUUGAUGGUCAUUUUAAACAAUUAACAACAUUAAUUGUUGUUAUAACUGAUAUGAAAUAUGAUUCAUCAAAUGUUUACAAUAUGGAUAAUCUACGUAAUUUAAAAUGUUUUUCUUUACAAUGUUAUAGUAUAUCUGAUCAAUAUGAUAUUCAAAUAUUACCUCUUUUUCAUUAUGUGUUAAAUCUUGAAGAAUUAACUUUAUAUCUUACUAUUGACAGAAGAACUACAUUUAUUGAUGGUAAUCAUAUUUAUAAUGAAAUUCUUAUUCAUAUGCCACAACUUCAUACAUUUAAUUUUUGUUUUUGUACUGAUAUUCGAAUCAAUCCAUUAGUUAAUCAUUUAUCAAAAGAUGAUAUUCAACAAACAUUUACUAACAUAAAAUGUCAACAACAAAUGGAAUGUAUUGUAAACUAUCUAAAUCUUACUGGUACAUGUCAUAUAUUUUCAUUACCAUUUAUGUUUGAUUAUCUUGAAUGUAUUGGUAAUACAUUUCCAAGUAUUAUUUUCAAUCAUGUUCGAAGAUUGUGGAUACACGAUGAAAUUCCAUUUAAUCAUGAAUUUUUCAUUCGAAUUGCUUGCUCUUUUCCUUUACUUAAGGAAUUAUAUGUUAUGAAUGAUGAACCACAAUCAUCAAUAUUAGAUACAUUAAAUUCUAAUGAUAAUCAAUUAUCUUCAACAAUUAUUGAAUAUCCUUAUCUUAUUUCGCUUGAUAUCUCAAAUUGUCAUAUUGAUUAUAUUGAAGAAUUUCUUAAUAAUACAAAAAUACGUCUACCUCAUCUAAUGAAAUUAACAGUUAAUUAUGAUCAAUUAAUAAUUGUUACAGAAAACUUCACAAGAGAUGUAACACGACUCAAUUGUACUAAAGUGAAAAAGGAACAAAUUAAUAUGGAUAGAUUUUUAUAUAUUAAAUUAAUUGAACAGCAAUUAAAACCAUAUAUUGAUACAUUAUAUGAUGAUGUUGAUGUUAUAUGGCAAGAUGAUUCUGAUUCAAAACAUCGCUCUCAAUAUGCAUUAAAUAAAAUAAACGAAAUAUUUAAUGAACGUGUUGAACCUGAAGAACAAGCUGCUAAAAUGACUGAUAUAUGGUCAAUUGAAAAUAUUUGGGGUUAUAUCAAAUAG